CACAAAACAUGAUGAGCAAACAAACAAAAAGCCUUCAGCAGAAUCGGUGAUAUAUAAGCUAAUUAGCAACGAACGAGGUCAUUAGUGAAGAAAGCUUCGUCCAGUUCAGAUUAAUUUCAACCACUUUGCAUGUGACUGGAUAAUUUAAUGCAAAAAUGAUUCCAUUAGAUGAGACGAAUAAUACCGGAUACGAAGGACAUAGGGGUCCUGAGGCAGCUUCGUCGCAAGACUUCUUUGCAGUAUCCCGAAAUCAAAUGGAGGAAAGGAACUUGAGAACAAGACUUGGGUCUAUUGACCUCGAGGAGAAAAGAGCGCUUAGACGACUAAGCUCAGAAAAGAGAUUGUUAAAAAUCAAACAAGAAAAACGCUUGGGAAGUUUGACGUGCAGAAGAAAUAGUGUCAAUGGAGGACAAAUAAACAACUCAGGAAGUUCGACUCCUCUUUCAGCGGGCACACCAUGUCAGUUUGACUUAGUGAAGUUGCAGUUCAAGGCUGACAAACGACGGCAUUUGAGUUCUACUGACAGUGUAGAGUCGCCAGGAACCACAAAAGGAACUUCACCAUCAACUCUUGACGAAUUCGCCCAACCCUCCCCUAGGCUACCAAAGUUACCUUUGGUGAAUAGUGUUGAGUCAGCAGAGCCUUUGAAGAUAACAAAGCCUUUAAAUUCAAUAUCAAAGAACAACGACCCAUUUGCUGGCGAUAAAAAACCUCCGUGGACCUCAGCUAUUCCUCUGCGAAGUCAGAGCAAGUCCGAAGUGGCAAAGUCAAUGGACGAACUUAUUUGUCGCCAUAGUGACGCAAAGUAUGCACAGAACAUCGCCGUACUAGGGGAAAAACCCAGUGGAACUCGUCUGAAACGGCAGACUUGGUGCGGGAAAUCGCCACCUGAAAUGCAAACGUUGCAGCCACUCACUCAGAGAAAAAAUAGUUACUCUGAUAAUUUCUCUUCCCUGAGAAACCAAGAAACGAAUCCUUGGGCCUCAACUGUCACCAACACUACGGAUAUCUCGCAAAUUCAGACUGACGACCGUAAAGCCCAAGACUUUCUGGUGAACAAGUUUAAUCGACUUACUAGGACGGCUUACCCUGUAGUCGAAGAUGUACUGCCUAGAAAGACUCUUACCGUGCCAAACUUUCCAUUAAGAAAUUCAAAUUCAGCGAGUUCUCUGAGAUCAUUUGAAAGUCUCCCUCCAGUUUUCGAGGAUCGGGAUUUCAAAUCUGACACAGAAGAAGAAGAGAUAUUUGAAGAGGCUCAGGUCGUUCCUGUCGGCCGCAAGGAAAGUCUCGUACUUCCUUCAGAUGCGGCAAGUAUGUUACGGCAGCGCAGAACUCGUACUCUAAGAAGGCAAGAAAGCUUAAAAGAAGACGAUUCAAGUAUCAGGUUACCAAGCAGCCAAACACAAGAUACCACGCAGUCGCUCAGAGAUGGCGAGGAAAGUUCUGGUGUUUCUGGAAAGCUAGUAGACACUACUGAUCAGUCUAGCCAUGGUCUAAAAUCUAAGAAUUUGGUGAAGAACUCUUCCUUGGAAAAGAAAAGACUGUCUGUAGGAUCUAUUUCUUUAUCUUCAGCAACGGGUCCGAGUUUCAGAAAAGACACAGGACAAAAAAUUAUGAAGAAAAGGGGAAACGAUAAAGAAUGCGUCAAAUCCAAAUCAAAACAAGUCCUCGAAAAGGAUACUGAAAGUAACGAGAAGAAUGUCACCACACCAAUCAGUAAGGCCAACUGGUUGAAAGCUCUGCACAAGGUCUUCAAUAUGAACAUGUUUUUGAACGGCAUGACUGCUUUGCAGAAGCAACGGGAGGUUGAUCGUUUGGCCACAGAGAAAAAGAGAGCUGCUUUGGAACAAUUAUAUGAAGAACUGAAGAACUGCAGAUACCUGAGGAUGCCUUCUAAAGAAGAUGAAGAACCAUGCGACUGUGUAUCGUGGGUAUUUGACAAAAAUUGA